AUGGGGGCAUGGACCCUGGCACGGGGGGCCGCCGCCCACCCCCUGCCCCGCCGCUGCUGCUGCUGCAUCCUGCUGCUCUUCCUGGUGUCGUCCGUGCCCGUUACCUGCCACCACCUGGACCCGGGCAUGCUGCCCCCGGAGGCCUCCAACUCCUCCUCCUUUCCCUCCUCCUCCUCCUCCUCCUCCUCCUCCUCCUCCUCCUCCUCCUCGUCGUCGUCUCCGUCCAGCGCGGGCAGACACGUGCGGAGCUACAAUCACCUCCAAGGAGACGUGCGCUGGAGGAAGCUCUUCUCCUACACCAAGUACUUUCUCAAGAUCGAGCAGAACGGGAAGGUCGGCGGGACCAAAAAGGACAACUGUCCCUACAGCAUAUUGGAGAUAACGUCAGUGGAAAUUGGAGUGGUGGCAGUCAAGGCCAUUAACAGCAACUACUAUUUAGCCAUGAACAAGAGAGGAAAACUCUAUGGCUCAAAAGAAUUCAACAGUGACUGUAAACUGAAGGAGAGGAUAGAGGAGAACGGCUACAACACAUAUGCAUCCUUCAGCUGGCAACACAAUGGAAGGCAAAUGUACGUAGCCUUGAAUGGGAAAGGAGCUCCAAGGAGGGGACAGAGAACACGAAGGAAAAACACUUCAGCACAUUUUCUCCCGAUGGUUGUGCCUUCCUAGGCAAAGGAACUUCUUAUUGAGGCAGUGAAAACCCAAGGCUCUUUGGCCGAGAAUCCUUGGCAAUCCUCAAGAAGAGCUAUCUCCCACGGCUAAGACAGAGUGCAGACAUCUGCUCUGUGGAAGAGGGAGAGCUUUGAAGGGUGUGUGCUAGCUGCUGGCACAGGAAAUACUUUCACUUAGUUCUCUGUCCACUCAUAAUCAUGAUAGAGGCUGGAUCAUAUGGGAUGGGCACUGGUUCCCAUUGUGAACAAUGUGGGGUUUUUUUUGUUUGUUUGUUUUGUUUUUAUCUCCGUGAUAGAACUUGAAGGAUGUGAGACAAUCUUUUGACUGAUCUUCGGAGAAAGUUAUUUAUGGAAUACUAACUCGAAUCAAAGACUUUCGUUGCUCAUUCAAGCCUAAAGAUCCAUUGAGCAGUUAGAUAUGCAAGCAUUUACUGGAAGCACUUGGGGUCAUGUACACAACCGAACCCGUUUUUGGUGUAGCAUCAUGGAAGAACGGACAGGACUGAGACAUGUAAAACCAUUAAGGCAAAACUGUUCUAACAAAAUGAAAAGUAUGGUAUGCUUUGUGCAUUCUGCCUUCCACCCUUUCUAUUUCUUUCUAAGUUAUUUAUUUAAUAGGAUGUUAAAUAUCUUUUUUUUGUUUGAAAUGUUUUCUCAGUGGCCUUCUGGUUUAUCGUCUUUUCUUUAAGCACAUCACGUGCCUGUUCAUUAAAGAAUAGUGUCUGGUAUUUGGUAAACUCCCUUGAAAUUAGGAAAUGAGCAACAAUGUGAGCUCUAUCGGGUGUGCAGCAACCAAGUCUGACUGGCUUUCCUCUGGCUGACGCUGCACUUAAGGAAUAAGAUCCAGCAGACAGUGAAUCUGGGGAGGGUGGAGGCCUGGGAUGUGUUGUGUGGGCCUGCAAUCACUUAGAAACCACACUGUCUCAGACAUCCCUACUGUUGUGAAAAAAUGGGAAGAUGCAGCCAAACGUCGCUCCUUGAAAAGAAUGCCUGGUCCCGAAACCCAUUGGUGAUGGAUUCCCAUUCAUCCAGAUGGAGACCGAAGACAGUUGCUUGUCAGUAUCUCGUAGUGGGCAGGGAACUUGUCUACCAACUCUGUUAUAUCACACUCUCCCAAUCGCUUAGUACAGUGCACAGUAAGUGCUCAAUAAAUAUGAUCGAUUGAUUAAUUUAAAUAGCUCCAUUCCCACAGUACUCCCUAUUAAUAAGCACGCCUCAAGGGAAAGCCACCUCACUGCUGCCCAGAUAGAAAAUGACCAUUCUGUACAGCCGUCACCAUAAAUCUUCCCAGAGCAAUUAUCGGGGUACUUGUUAGGCAGUGUGACUCUUACUGUGUUUUAAGCUGAGCAACUAUAGAACAGUGUAUUUUUCAUUUUAUACUGAAGUGAGUUCAAGCUGUAAGAUUCAUUUUUUUGACCAAAAAAACCUUCUUUUUCACAAAUUGAAAUAGCUUUGGAAAGCUCUUUAAUUCAACCAUAUUGAGAUUCAUUUUGUUAGAGCAGGUAAAUAGAAAGCCGUACAUCCACAUACCAGUCUUCACAAUGUAUUCCACUAAAUAAAUACAUAAGCCUUCUUUGCAGUGUCCGUAGUGAUUAAAAAUGUAGUAUAUUAUUUUGUUCUAAUACUUUAAGGGAUGACUAUGAGAUUAUAUUGAUGCUGCAAUUUUAUCUUCAUCUUUUCAUUGAGGAAAAAGUCUGUUUAUUUUUAUUGUUUGGAGACUGUAUUUUGGUACAAAGGAGAGACUCACUAAAUGUGUCUUUUUACUGAAGUUUAACCUCUAGGAAAGCUGGCGUUUUGUGGUCUUCUUAUAACUUAUUUGAGUCAAUGCUUACCCGGCAUUUCCAAUGUUAUUCUGUUAUUUAAAUAUUAGCUGUAUAAACAAGCUUUCCCAUAAAGUACUAAACAGUUCUAUUGUCUUUCCAGUUCCUUAAAUAAAGGUGGAUGAUUGAAAAGAAA